CUCUUAGUUUCAAUAGUUAAUUUUACAAAGGCGUGGGAAGCUUUUGUGUAAUUAAGAUUUUUGCUUUCCUUUUUCAAGAGCUGCAGACAUAUAGCCUUGUUCUCCAAGACGUUCUCAUGAUAUCAUGUCUUGAACUUUAACCCAGAAGUUGGGAAAUGAAACACAGUUUCCCCUUUUUUUAGGGCAAACCAAAAGAAAAUAAAACUGCAAGGGGUUUUUUCUCCCCCCUUUCCCAAACAAAUUUUUGUUUGCUUCUGAAUUUAUUCUGAUGCUGGUUCCAUACUUUCUCUUUGGGGGGAAAUGCAGAACUGGUCUGCCUGUGGCUGGGAGAAGACUUUUUCUUUCCUUCUGUGGGACAAAGCAGAGCUAAAAGGUCUAUUUCUCUGAGCGUUGCUACUUUGGAGCCGUGUCCAGUGGCAGACUACUUGAGAAAUGACUCCCUCAAACUGCUCCGUCCACAGCGACGUGAUGGAAAUAUUGGUGACCACCCUGCUGAUGCUGGAGUUCGGGCUGGGUCUGCUGGCCAACGCCAUUGCCCUAUGGACCUUCUUCUUCCGCCUCAAGGUGUGGAAGCCUUAUGUAGUCUACCUAUUCAACCUGGUCAUGGCCGACCUCCUGCUGACCAUCUGCCUGCCCUUCCACAUCACCUUCUACCUGAGACACAAGAAGUGGAGCUCUGGACGCACGUCCUGCCAAGCCCUGCUCUUCCUGCUGUCCCUCAGCCGUGGGGUAGGAGUCGCCUUCCUGACCGCUGUGGCCUUGGAUCGCUACUUCCGAGUGGUCCACCCUCGGCUUAAGGUCAACCUCCUCUCACCUCGGUGGGCCCGGGCCAUUUCAGGCUGUGUCUGGCUUCUCAUGAUGGCCCUCACCCACCAAAGCCUAUUUGUCCCCAAGGCUGCAAGGAACACGACAGAAUGCCGCAGCUUCUACCCCAGGGAGGACUUCUCCUUUGGUGUCAUCUGGAAGGAGUCUCUCUUCCUCCUCCAGUUUGUCCUGCCCUUCGGCCUCAUCUUGUUCUGCAAUGCUGCCAUCAUCAGGACGCUCCGGAAGAGGAUCCGAGACCCAGAGAAGCAGCCAAAGCUGCAGAGAGCCAAGGCCUUGGUCACCGUGGUGGUGGUGCUGUUCGGGCUCUGCUUUUUGCCCAGCUUCCUGGCUAGGAUCUUGAUGGACGUCUUCCGGAGGUCAGACAGCUGCAGGAUGCGGAGGGUGGUGGAGCACACCUCAGACGUGGCCAGCAGCCUCACCUACCUCAACAGCGUCCUCAACCCCAUGGUCUACUGCUUCUCCAACCCAACUUUCCGUUACUCCUACAGAAAAGUCUUCAACACUCUCCGGGGCAGAGGGCAAGAAGCAGAGCCUCGGGUUGCUGACCUCAAAGACUCGUACUCCUGAGGAUGGAGCCCUUUCUCAAUGCCCUUUCCUGUGAGACCUACUCGGGCUUUAGAUGGCAGUAAUUACUAUCCUGGGGCUCUGGAGGAAGAGGGGCCCCGGACCAGGACAAAGCCACUGGCAGGACUGCUGCAGGUUUUACGGUAGACUGUGUUUACCAGGAUUGCCUUCUGUUAUUUCACGUUACAAAGCAGCAAAGCAAAUUCAAAGCCAGAGCCACCUUCAUACCAAGCUAUGACACAGCUUAAAUGGCUACAUUGAAAACCCGGUGGUUAGUACAUAUCCAUAUUUAAGGAAAUAUAACUUGAUGGGUCAGUCCCGGAUGAGAAGGCUGGAGAGCUGGUGUAUCCCUCUCGGUCUGUCCUUGGCAAGUCAUUUUCAUUUUGUAUGCUUCAGUUUACAGGAGCAAAAAAGUCUACGCAUUCUUCCCAGCUCUGUACAGACUGUGAUCAUUAGCAUGGGAAGUGGGGACUCUGAAAAGAAGUUCCAGUUAUGUAAGUUAUUGUAUUCCCUGCUCAGCCUGACUUAGCACAUAACUGCUUUAAUUACAUAAAAUGUUGCUUUAUUUUUAUAGAUCGUGUUAUGUCAAAGAUAGCUCAGUUAGCUCCCUACUUUAUUAAAAGUAAUUCCCCAAAAAUGCCUCUAGAAUUCUUUUGUUUAAGUUUGAAUGUCCAGAAGCCCUUGGAGCUUACCUACCUUCCCCUGCCCUAAAAUAGAAGUCACAGCACUUCUUGUCCCCUGGGAGACAAGCGCAGCACGAUACACCAAAUUCACGUCAAACGAGACUUUCCGACCCUGUGCCGCUGGUGGCGUGGGGACUCACAGAGAGGGGCUCUCGGGAAUAUUGGGACCCUCACCGCAGAGGAGCGGAGUGUGGCCUCCAACCCGUGAUCCCAGGCCCUCCUGUGUCUUUUCAUUUAUUCCCCUUAAAUCAUGCCCCAAACUGGUAGCUCAUGAGGUAACAAGGGUUUCUAAGUCACUUUCCUAACUGCCUUAUCGCUCAUUUUCUUUCAAACCUGGAAGGAUGGUGCCUUAGCCAUCUAGUGCUGCUGUAACAGAAAUACCACAAGUGGAUGGCUUUAACAAAGAGAAGUCUAUUCUCUCACAGUCUAAUAGGCUAGGAGUCUAAAUUCAGGGAGCCAGUUCCAGGGGAAGGCUUUCUCUUUCUAUUGUUUCUGGGGGAAGGCCUUGGCCAUCAAUCUUCCCCUGGUCUAGAAGCCUCUCAGCGCAGGGACCCCAGAUCUAACGGACAUGCUCUGCUCCCUGCUCUGCUUUCUUGGUGAUAGGAGGUCCCUCUGUCUCUCUGCUUGCUUCUCUGUUUUAUAUCUCAAAAGAGAUUGGCUCAAAAUACAGCUUAAUCCUGUACAUUUCAGCCUGCCUCUUUAACAUAGCGGCUUCUAAUCCUGCCUCGUUAACAUCAUAGAGGUAGAAUUUACAACACGUAGGCAAAUCACAGCAGAUGACAAAAUGGUGGACAAUCACACAGUACUGGGAAUCUUGGCCCAGCCAAGUUGACACACAUUUUGGGGGACACGAUUCAAUCCAUGACAGAUGGUUAGGGCCAGCAGGCGUUCAGCAAAGUGUCCCAAGAAGGAAGGACCUAAUUUGCAACGUCUCUGGUCUCAGCGUUCACCCUCCCUGAGUGCUUGCCUGCGUGGUCCACACGGAGCAGCUGGGGCUGUUGGUGGAGUGUAGUACUAUCUCUGGGUUUGAUUUUGGGUUAAAAACCAGUGGCAUUGGGCAACAUAAAACGGCAGGACAAUUUCCCACCUUGAAGCUGCUUACCCACCAGGUUGAUUCCUUUUCAGAACCAAAGGUGACAUCUGGGGAGGGGCGGAUGGCCCAGUAAGUAAGGUAAGCACAGGCUUACUUGUACGUAGUUACUAAUCUGUAGU